AUGGUCGAAUGCCUUCUAAUCUUUGAGAGGGCAUCUCAGGGAAGAAUUAUUUGGGAAUGUAGAAACCGGGCAUUCAGUCCCGAAGUUUUGAAUCAAGAAACUGCGAAGAAUCCAUCUAAACUCGAAAGCUUCUCUUUUCAUGGGCGAGAUCAGUCAUUAUUUAUUUUACGCUGGAAGCUCAAUCGUCUUCAUCGCAAACAUGAAUGGAGAGGCGAAGCAGAAAUCUCAGUCAUCGUCGUCACAGUCAUGAUUGGAGCGCCAGACCGGGAAGCUCAAUCAUCUUCUUCGCAAUCAUGA